AUGCCGCCUGAAGAGGAUUUACGACAAAUCCAGGAAACAGAGCUUGAGGCUCUACGCGGGAGUCUGAUGGGUGAAGGUCGUAUCCACAUCUUAGCAAUCUUUUGUGAGGACUUCGAACAGAUUCGCACCCGAUCAGCUGCCAAGGUACCAGACCGGACCAUGCCUUUCGAUCAGCAAUAUGCCAAUAUACACUCAAGAUUCGUACUGAAGAAGUCGAACUCCAAGAUCGUGUUAGGAUUAAUUUGCGUGCUUCCUCGUCUAUAUCCCACGACUCGACCUACUUUGGUCCUUGAAGAUGCCAUUGGACUUUCUCCGACACAUCUUUCGGAACUUCAAGAGCAACUGAGCGCCAAAACCAACCAGCUCAUAGGCUCAGAGAUGAUGUACGAACUUGCGACCUUCGUAGCUGAGUUUAUCACUGAACAUAACAUGGCCAUCGCAUCCCAUCAACCGUCACUGAUCGAGGAGAGGGUCACUCGAGCAACAGAAGCCGAACGCCAACAACGACUAGCCAUUGAAGCCGAGAAAGCUCGUCAAUUGACUCUCAAAUCUUUUGAAGAUCUGGAAUUGGCACGCCAAAUCCAAAAAGACAUCGAUCUCCGGCACGAACUUCUAAAGCGCGAGCGGGACAAAGCCAAUACCAACACAGGCAACCACUAUGAUACCAAAGCACCGGCGGAUGACAUAGCCCGUCUACCAUUCGGCAGCCUAAUCGAAAUCCCACUUCCAACAGGUCUAUCAUUGAAAAUUCAAGUUGGCUUUGAAGUUAUCGAUGGAUUACUUGGAAGUGUCUACAAUUGUCAGAUAUCCAACGUCGGACCGGCUCAAUUGACGAUUGUCCAACCACAUGGUCGCUAUUACCGAAGCCCCGCCCCAGGCCAGAGGAUGUUAUCAAAAGUUGCUAGCGAUCUAGAUACCCUCCGUAAUACGAGUGACCCGCAUGUCCAAUCGAUUUAUGGGUCUGAACUGGUAGAAAACAAGUUGACGAUCGUUAGCGAAUCCCUUCCUGGGAACUCGGUGCGUGAUGUGUUGGAUCAAUGUGGUCCUUUUGAAUUGGAGAAAGCAUUGGAGUGUUUAGAGCAGAUUUUGAGCGGAUUAAGGGCUGUUCACCAUGCGCAUCUUGUCCACAGAGGAAUCAAACCCGAAAACAUUUUUUUCUGUUCUCCCAAAGAUCGAACCAAGAAACUAAUUUUCAAGCUUGCGAAUGUGUCGUGGUUUCAAAGACUUUGGGAUUUGUGCAAAUCCAACCCAUUUUGUGAACUUCCACACGAGUCUCAACGACCAGAUUUAUGGGUUCAUCCUAAUACACUUCGAGAUCCCUUGGCUUAUGAUAGAGAACGUGACCUGUUUGAUCUGGGGGUAACUUUUGCUCAGAUCCUAUUCGGUGAACUUUGGCCCAAGUGGGAGUCUCCAAGCGCUUUCAUUCAAAGCUUGCCUGCCGAUUAUCCGUCAAUCUUUCGAGAGCUGCUGGGAAGUUUACUCCUCGGCAGCAAGAGAAACAAUACCCAGCAGCUGCUAGACAAAUUGUCGAACUUCAGAAGAAUGACAAAGCAAAUUUCCUCAGCUCCAGCACGCCCUUUACCCCAUGUCGAGAAUUGGGAAAAAGCUAAUCCAGUCGUACCACAUGGAGUGUUUUGGCAACCUCAGGGGACAACAUACUCUCGGUACAGAAAUGACUUCGAAGAAGUCGAGUUUCUAGGGAAGGGUGGUUUCGGUGAAGUUUUAAAGGCUCGAAAUAAGCUUGACAAUAGAUUCUAUGCUAUCAAGAAGAUUCCUCUCCCCGUUAAUCCUCGAGAAGAGACCAAAAUUCUUAGGGAAGUGACUAUUCUUUCCAGGAUGUCUCACCCACACAUUGUGAGGUAUCAUGCAUGUUGGAUUGAGGCAACCACUAUGCCCCCGAGCUCUGGCCAUUCAGAAUUGAGUCAAGUCAGCAGCGGGAUGCAAUCCUCUCAACCACAAACUGUUCGACGUCACCCCUAUUCCCGCUCAAAUUCAGAUAGCGACAGUGAGAGCAACGGCUCUCACUCUUCUGACACCAAUUUUAGUGCAGAUGGUGGCGACAAUAACACGAUUCAUGAAUUCGAACUUGGAUUAGAUGACAUGGAUUUCUUGUCCAUCCAUCAUGACAAUUCGAUGCCAAGCAUCCGGUUUGGAGAUUCUAGUCAAUCCCAGUCAAUGCGCAUGACAAAACCUACAAGUCGAACAAACAGUGAUGAUGCUAUGCCCUCUUUUGAUGGUACCAAAGAUUCUUCCGAAGACGACAAACUUUUGCUAAGAAGGAUGCUUUUCAUGCAGAUGGAAUUUGUUGAUAGUCUCACGCUACGAGAAGCAAUAGAUCAAGGUAUCGAAAGUGAUCGGCAAAUCUGGAGAAUUUCGCGCCAGAUUCUUUCUGGUAUGGCGUAUUAUACAUCCCUCAACGUAAUUCACCGCGAUUUGAAGCCCAGCAAUAUCUUUUUGGAUAUUCAGGGUGAAGUACGGAUAGGCGAUUUCGGUUUGGCUGUGAAUCAAAAUGGGCCUGAGGUAGAAGGGUCGUCUGGUUCAAUACCUAUGAGUGCGGAACUUACCUCAGGCGUUGGCACGGCGCUUUACAUCGCUCCCGAAACUGUUGAGGCUCGACACCUACGGGCCAAGCAUCUGGAAAAGAUAGAUAUCUACAGCUUUGGGAUUGUUUUGUUCGAAAUGUUUCACAAGAUGAACACUGCUCACGAGCGCAUUCAGAUUAUCAAGGAUUUGAGGAGUGCAGAAAUCAAGUUUCCCUUUAACUGGGAAGACGAGCCGGAUGGAGUCAAGACUAGAAUCAUUAAAUGGUGCCUUAAUCAUACGGCAGAACUCAGGCCAUCUCCCACUGAACUGUUAAAAAGCAACUUGUUUCCACCCCAGCCCGAAGAUGAAAACAUCGAAGAAAUUACCCGACUCAUCUCUCGACCAGAUCAUGCCAUGUUUCGACCCUACCUCGCGUCCUUGUUCGAUCAACCUCUGCCUGAUCGCAUCCGUCGGGAUUUCACUUAUGAUUUUCAUACGGCCGACACGUCUCAAAAGAUUUUAGACAACCCGUUCCGGACGUUGAUCUGCGAUCAUUUAACUGAAAAAUUCUGCCUGCGGGGCGCUGUCAAUGUUGAAAGUCCCGUAUUAGUGCCUUAUACUGAUAUCGAUAAUCCUUCUUUGGUCAAACUCCUGGACUCCGAAGGUACCGUCGUAACAUUGCACUUUGACGCCACAAUACCCUUUGCUAGGACUGUGGCGAGGGACGAGUCUCUCAUCAGAUUGAAAAGGUUCAGCUUGUCUCCAAUGUAUCGUCAAAACCCGGCUGGAGGCCAGCCGAUCACAAUACCAGUCUCAAGCUUCGAUAUCGUUUCUCCCACUCGGACUUUAGCAGCUGAAUCAGAAGUCCUCCAGCUUACCGACGAUGCCCUUCGUUCGCUUCCACUAGGUGAAUCGUUUGAGCAUGUUUUAAGCCACAACAAGCUAUGGGAUGCCAUCUUCUCAGAUAUACCUGCACAUCAACGCACGCCAUUGGCAAAAAUGAUUGGGAAUUACAACGCGACGAGCUCGCCGAGUUGGUCUGAGUUAUCAACUGAGUUAGCUGAUAGUAGCGGGAUAUCUAAAAGGACUCUAGAAAAUAUUAAGAAGACCUUUGAUAUUCGUGGCACCAUCGAAGUAGUCAAAGCCCAUCUCCUUGGUUCUUGCUCUCCGACCUACAAUAAUUUCAACGUUCAAGAAGCGAUUGAUGACUUGGAAUUAGUAAUCAAGUAUGCUAAAUUACUUGGUAUGCAAGGCGCCGUUGUCAUCUGGCCUAUGCUGGUCCCUCAACACAGGGACAAUUCGAACGGCGUCUUCUUUAAUACCUGUGAUACUCGGAAAGGAAAAGUGUUGGCAGCUGGUGGAAGAUUCGACGGUCUUGUCCAGAAGUUGAUUGCACCUGGACUCGGGCAAUCUCAAUUGAGAAGCCAUUUGGUGAGCGUGAGCUUGCAUGUUUCGCGUCUUAGUCUUGCAGUUGCUCGACAUGCACAGAUGUCAAACGCUACCGCUUGGAUGCCCCGGAGGUGCGAUGUAUACGUUAUGUCCUUCGCACCGGGUUUACUCAACCACAGGCUAGAAGUAACAAGAGAAUUGUGGGCUGGUGGGAUUAGUGCAGACCUGAUGUACGAUGGUGAGACCCAAUGGUCGUCUCCUGAAGCGGCCCUUCAAAGCUGCCGGCGAGAAGGCAUAAUUUAUGCUAUCAUUGUCAAAGCUCCUAAUCCGUAUAAGGACCAAGUUGUUAAGGUGAAAAGCCUAUCUCAAAAAGCUGAACACGAAGUUCCUCUUCAUGAAUUAUGCCCUUGGUUGGAAGAUGCUUUACAAGAGCAUGCGCGCUCUGAGCCAGGAAACGGUAGCUUGAAAGCCUUAAAUGACAACCAUGCCAGAAACAAUCAGAAAGCAAAAUGGAAUGUAGCACACCCGAACCCUCUCAUUGAGUCGCCAUCCCCAGGGCGCGAUUAUUUCCUCAUCUUACCCACAGACACUUCUAGAAAAACUAAGCACAAAGGUCGACAAGCAGUGUAUGAGAGGGCCUUUGAAGCGAUAAGUGACAGAAUAAAAUCUUUACCCGAUGUACCAACAUUUGUUCUGGAUUUGGAGGAUCCACCAUUCAGUAAACUCUUUCAAGAUCUUUCCUGGAUUGAAUCUGAAGAGGUCUAUCGCAAACAAAUCGUCGACCUAGUACCCACUUCAAGGAAAGCAUACAUAUGGGAAAUUCGACAUUCAAUUCUAAAUUACUACUUCAAACAUGAUUCCACAAAAACUCUUUGGAUCUUUAGUUUGAGGACAAACCAAUGUCAACUUUUAAUAUUGCCGUAAUUUCUCUUAUCCUUGUCUUGUUAUUCAAUCCCGAUUAACACCCCCC